UUUUUAAAUUUUUCCGUAAUUUUAUUUUCUGACGUUAAUGCCGAGCGAUCGAUAUUUUUUUUUUUUAUAUGAUUUAGGAAAAGGUGAAAUUGGAUUGAUGGGGAGGGGAGGAAUUUUUGGAAAGGUACCGGAGCAGCAGGUCGCGUGUAUGUCCAGUUCUUGUAUUAGCCGUGGAUCUCUCUCUCUCUCUCUCUCUCUCUCUUUCUCUCGCUUUCUCUCUUCAUCUUUCCCUUCUCCUACUCUUUUUCUCUUGCGGGAGCCACGUGCGCCUUGAGGAACUCUUCUUUUAUAUCCCGCGUCCUUUGUUCGGCAGCAGCUGUCCGGCUAAAGAAAUUCCUUUCUCGACCGUCAGCCCGAUUACUCUUGAUCCCUCCGUUCCCCUACUCUCGUACCCUUUCCCCUCCCCCCCCCCCUGCUAUCGAACGUAAAUCUGAAUCAGAUAUCACUGAUCUCGCGCGUUCCAUCCGACGCUUGCAGAAAUUCACGCGCACGUCGAUAAAUGUACGUGUGUGCGAAAUGCUUUUGUACAGUAUAUCCUACCGCGAACAGAUCUCGCAACGAUGGAUUCAUCGUCGAGGAAUUUGAAGUUCACAAGUCUCUGUAACAAAAGUUCUUUUGUUACAAGUAUGAUUCGAAAUGAAAGUUUUACAUGUAUAAUUUCUUGCGAGAGAGCUCGAAAUUUUAUCAAAAAAUUCAAAAUAUUUCGCAGCAAUAAUCGAAAAGCCUUUAGACAUAGUUUUCGGUGACGCACAUAUAGUGAACGAAUAUUUAUUAAUACUUAAAUGUCUCUUUUGAAUUGUCAUUUAUCUUAUUUAACUUAAAAAACGUUAAAAACGAAGUAUGUUAUGAGUCAUAUCUCUAUUUUUUUUUAACCAUAUGUUAGAAAAAUAUUAGUAUAAUUGCAUUUUAUAAAAUACUUUGCUAAGAUCUUAGUGAGGUAACAAAGUCAUUAUGAAGUUGUAAUGAAAGUAAAUUCAAUCUAUAAAUUUGCUUUGGAAAAAUAAUUUAUUUAAGUUUUUCGUUUUUAAACUAAAGUUUUAAAGUUCUAAUAUAUUUGUCAUUGCUACGAAAACAAUAUAUAUGCAAUAGAGUUUAAAAUUAGGAUUUUAAAUUUAUUGUCUUUUGUCCAGAAUGUUUAAGCGUUUUGAUGAUAAAAUUAAACAUACUCUUCUCGAAGCAAUUUGCAAGUUACUUUUUACUUUUUACGCAUAACACUUUCAAACGUAGAUGCGUUCAUGGAAGAUUUAGCAUUUUACGCGAAGAAGUUAUCGCGACGAGCGCCCGAGAUGCACCUUAUGGAAGAUCGAGAACACAAAGUUGCAUCCGCUUAUGUGCACGUCCGAUUUUCCUAUCCCGAAGUGGAUCAGGUUGUUUAGAGGGGCCUUGGUGAGGCCCUUCGAGCGAAGCACGAGACCCACUUCAUACGGAAUUCGGUAGCCACAGGGCGAUCACGUGAGCGCCCGGUAGCGCUUGGGCCCCCAACGCGUUUCUCCUUCCCCCUCUGUUCCUUCCUCUCCACUCUUGUACCUAAACCUAAUCAUUUUAAUCUCGAGAGCACGUUCCUCUUUCUUCCUUUUCGUCGUGGCGGCCAUCGUCGGGUCCUCAUCAGCUUUGGGAGGUAGCAACGGGCUCCGGCCGAAUUCUACGAAAGUCAUGUCCGGUGGAAACUUGAGCGACGUCGUCUACACGGCUGCACGUCACAAAAUUCAUAAACUCCGUGGCGGUCAUGCCACUAAGCCUAACCCUUUAAUUUCAUUUCUUAUCACUCGAAAAUAUUUUAUUGCCUUCUUAUGUCCCAUGUCUAAAUACUUUACGCAUUAUUCAGAGAUUUUAUGUGAAACGAAAAACGUAUAAAUUUAUACUUUUACAUUCUGUUUUUAUUAUUAGUUAAAAUGAGAUUUCGUGGAAUACAAAGAAUUACGAAUAAAUAAUUAUAAAAUCAAUUGAUUCGGAUUAAGUUUUGUUAUUGUCAAUGAUAAAAAUAACAUCUCUGAAUGUCAGUAACUAUAGGUUCUAUUUUUAUAUCGAACUUGUGUCGAGACAAGUUCCUCUCCUCUCGCUCGCUCGCGUAUUCAUAAGAAAAUCUUACGAAUGCGCCCAAUUACAAAACACCGCGGGCAUUCCUGAAUAAGCCUAUACACUAAGGUCGUAAUAGUGGCCUGGCACUGGCCUCGUACGUAUCCUCGGUCCAUCUCCAUCCCUCUCCCUCAUUCUCUCUCCUUCUCUCUCUCUCUGUUACCUCGCUUCCUCUCUCCUUUAUUUGUACUCCCUCUUCACGCGCAAGCCCGCGUGGUUGGCGCACUAUAAAAGGGGGCCCCGCGGACCGGGCCCGACCCAGGUCCGCUGCCUCCGCGCCACCACGCCGCGCCGUGCCGCGCCGAGCCGAGCCGAGCCGAGCCGAGCCAAGCCACGCCGAGCCACGCCGCGCCGCGCCGCUCAGAUAAAUAUGCGGGAGGGGUCGGAAUUCCUCACUCGGCUGCAUUCCGAUCCCUCCUCCUCCGCUCCGUCUCUACUGCCGCCACCAUCACCAUUCGCGCUCGCUCGCUCACUCGCUCGCUUGCUCGCGCGAGCGGGCCUCCUUCCUUGCCAUUACUCCUUGCAACGUGAACUUCUCGGCCGCCCCGCGGCCUCUUCUCUUUCUCGCUUUCCUCAUUCUUUCCUGCCUGUGCGCCUCUCUUUCUCUCUCUUUCUCUCUCUCUCUCUUUCUUCUCUCUCAGUCUUUCUAUCUUGAGUUCUUCUAGCUCUCGCUCGUCUUUCUCGUUCGCGCGGAAAUCGUCUCUCUGGUACAGUGUCAAACUGUCAUGACAGUCUUCGUUUGUAGUGUACCAUUGACGAAAUGAUAUAGGUCAUAAAGAAUUAAAAAAUCUGCACAAUUGCUUUUGCACAGCUUAUAAAUGCAAUACCUCUUCUUAUCAUAUCUAAUGCACUAACAGACACUUAUUUUGCUUCACCCGAUUUUUUAUUGUUCUCUUUCAUUUGUUUUUUUUUUCCAAUUUUCUCAUUGGUUUUAUCUUUUUUGUUUAUCCCUCCUCCUCUUCCUCUUUAUUUCUUGCUACACUUGAUUCGUAGCUCUGCCUUCUCAUCUAUUUCUUUAGUUACUCUUCUCACCAUAUCUUUUUAUUUCAUCAUCUCCUUCAGGUAUGCUAGUUUUCUUCGUCUGUUCUGGUCCAUUCCCUCAUUCGUAACUCUCCUGCCUAUUCGCAUCCUUCCUUCUCGUCGUCUCUGCUCUCGCAUUCCCGUCGACCUCCCAAUAUUUUCUUCCUAGUGCAGCUCUUGUCUUCCGCUUCGCCACGGACGUCGUCCCUUCAUCGCGCGGAAAGAUGCCGCACGCAAGUGCCGAGAUGAAGCCACCGAGAUAGCACACGUGCGUGCACACGCGUACGUUACACGCUGUGCCGCAGUGACCGCAAAAAUUAUCUUAAGAGAUGGUGAAUCCACCUUCGCCAUUGAAAUGUAUAUGUGCGACCCUGAUACAUCGUUUGAUCCUGUCGAUCAAAGACCGCCGAUCGCAUCCGAAUACCUUAAUCGUCGUGACACAGUCGUGUGCAAAUUGCACUCGCGUUUUUUCUCGGAAACUCCAUCGGGUUCGAAUGUAAUUGAGGAUUUUUUCGCUCGAUUUGCACUUUAUCCAAGUUUAUCUGCAUGCUAAUGAUGAAUUAAACGGUAAACAGAGAUCUCGCCUAUACGUGAAUCAAUAAUGCUCCUUAAUGAGAAAUUUCUCCGCGCGAUGACAAGCGAGAGCGAUACGAUCGACGCGCGGGUACGAUUUUGCAAUACGGAGUAAGAAAGUAUUAAGCCUGCGUAAUCACUUUUACUACGUGCACGCGUGGAAUGUAAUCGGAAAAUGACCGAUUAAUUGCUUUUCGGGAUCGAUAAUCUGUUCUUCUUUGUGAUCCUUCGACUUCUUCUAAUCAUCCUUCUCAUCUAGAGAUAAGAGUUCUUUCGAGCCAUUAAGUGAGCCGGUGAGGCAAGUCACCCCAAUGUAAAAUGAGAGAAAAGAGAAAAGCCAUUAGGAAUGCAUAAUCCCUAACAGAUCCGUUUAAAAAAGACGGGCGCGCGCGAGGAAUGGCGAUUUUAAGCACGGGAGAAGGCAUAAUUUUUGAUAAUAUUUUUCGCGUGAUUAAAAAAAAAAAAAGAAAUUGUCGCUUUUCUCUCGAUGUGGACUAAGAAUACUCAAAACACUCAACAGUUUAUAUCAAUAGUUCUCGUUUGGAAUUGUCCGAGAUCAUGAACAAAAAGAUGGUUCUAUCGAGGCGGAAUUUUGAACGAGAGCAAACGAUGUUCGUGGUUUCUCGUAGCAUUCUCAAGGCGGAGGACGCGAGGCACUCGCGAGAACGAGGAGCAGGAAGAGAGAGAGAGAGAGAGAGAGAGAGGGAUGGAGAUGGAGGGAGAGAAGGCAGGCCGAUGGAAUGGAAUUCAGCAAUCAGUUAGGCAUUCGGCUCCUAGGAUAGCGAGCUCCAGGCGGUAUAAAUCGCGGCCGUUUGCGCAGGAAUAUAUCCGAGAGAUGCCUUCCGCCUCCUCUUCAUCCUGUCGCGCGUUCCCUCUCUUCUACACGGACGAUCCGACGACGCGCGCGGGGCUCGUCUUCAUCGUAUGAUCCUGCUGUACCUUCCUCCCCUCGUAUCCUUCGAGAUGACCUUUUGUUUUUUCUCAUACUAGGAACGGUAUUAGGCGUCUCGCUUGGAAUGCGGCUGUCGCUGAAGAGUUCUCGUUCCUUCGACUCCUUUCAGGCGGGAGGUCCUAGACAUCGGACGAUACCGAGAAACAGGGGCUACGGGCUCUAGCUAGUUUCAAUUAGAGUCGCAAGCAAAACAAUUAUUGUCAAUCAGGCAUAAAAUCUUAGAAAUAUCAAUCUAUAAUAAAUAUGUUUUAACAAUUAUUUUUAAGGUACUUUAAAAAAAAUUAUUUUAGGCACAAGUGUUUUAUAUACGCGUACUACGGGAAUGUAUUUAAGGGAUUCGGAUAUUAAUUGUAAAAGACAAUUUAAUCUGUGAUAUAAGGUUUCGAAACCUCGGAAUUAUGAAGUUGUAAAACAAUGUAAAAGUAAAAUAUCACACACGUAAAAUAGUAGAAAAGAGAAACAAAUAUGCAAAAUGUGUAUUUACGUUCUCUUUAGCGUGGAAUUUUUAAAAGUUAACCGAAAAAAAAUUCCGUUUCGAAUGCCUCGCAUUAGUAUAUGUCAUAUAUACGGAAAAGGUCGAAAUCAGGGGAGAGUGAGUGACGAUUGGGACCCAAAAGCGAGUCGGAGACUUCCUGUCGGAAAUCGAAAUCGUUUUGCUGUGCUGGGGAAGAGAAGAAAAAAGUCCAUCGAACGAAAAAAAGAAUGCACUAGUCGGAGGUCGCCAAGCUAUCGUAGCGGCAGCGACGAGGGAAUGAAAGAGAUGGAGAAGGAAAAGAAUAAGGACGACGACAGGGAGGACAAGCGGGUGGAAAAAAUAAGACUGCUUUCCGCGGAGCGGACCAACAGGCCCGUACUCGAUACCAUCUGUGUGUGCUCUCUCGACAAUAAUAGUAUGGACCGAGAAAUAUGCGCGCGAGGCGCCGUAGGUUUUCUCCGACGUUUUGAGGGCGAAGAGGAAGAGUGGCGUGGAGGGGAGGGGGAGAGAUCACGAUGGCUUCGUGGAGAGGAUGCGAAAAGGCACGAAAGAGAGAGAAGUGGCCGGGAGGGAGGAGGGGGGAGGGAGGGAGCGGAAAGAACCCGUGUGCUCUCCUCCGGUGCACAUACUGGAGCCUCACGGAUGAGGAGGCGAGUCCCCGCGAUUGGCGGAGAGUGGUGGGGCGGCGCGCAACGAGCGAGGCCCCGCUGCCCUGCCGGCUGGGCCCGCUCUUAGAUGAUCAUCCGGAGACACGGCUGAUGGGGCCAGUAGGGGCCCCAGAAAUUCCAACAAGGACGGGGCAUAAUGCGCGACUCAAGGUCGGUUCUACUACCAACGGCAAGGCCCCGGCGGAUGCGACCACGUUCAAGCAGGGUCGUACCGUGACCUCGCCAGAACUCUCUUCCCCGCCCUUCCCUUUUCCCUCCUCUUUCCUUGCCCUUCCAUCGCGUCCCUUCUUCAUACCUUGUUCUACCUCUCCCUCGUCCAUUUGUCCUCGCAUCCUCCGCUGAUCCCUCAGCAAUCCUGGCUACCUUCUCGUCCACCUUCCUCUCUGCUUGCUCCUGUCCUCUUAGCUUGUGCGCGCGCGCGCUGUCCCCACCAAUGACAGAAUCGUGUACUGGCCCUCAGGCGCCCUGUACUUCUGGAUUGCACUGCAUGCGACGACAUUCCGCGAGUGAAAAAAAUAGACGCCCUCGAGGGCCAGAAUGAUGAUGAUAAACAUGGAUUUCGACACUUUGUACAAUAGAAUGAAACUUAUUUGAUAUAAAGAGUUACAAACAUAUUUGCAAAAUAGUUGUUAUUAUUGACUAUAUAAUACUUUUCUUUUAUCAUCUUUGCAUGUACUUUUGCAUGCACGUAUUUACGCUGUGUAAUAGAUAUAUAAAAUGUACAAGUAAAAUUUUACUAUUUUUUAUGUAAUAAGAAUAUUCAAAUUUUUAAUAAAAAUAAAAUAAAUUAUAUGAAAUUCUUUUUCUUUAAAAAAAGGAAGAUUUCCCUAAGCAACUGAUUGAUUAUUAAUGAUAAAGAAUAUUUAACAGCUUUAAUCUCAGGAUUCAAUUGCAAGGCAAGUUAAGCGAUUUGCUCUCAACGCGAGAGCGAGACAUUGUACUGUGCCAUUCAAAUUUUUAAUUAAUUCUUUUCGAAAUUAGAAAUAAAUCGAGGUCUUAGUUGCAACAAUCUUGUCGGGGUUGCCGAGGCCCGUCUUUUUACGUUGGGUAAGAAAGAGGCGCUUGAGGCCGCCAAGAAGUGAAAGAGAUAGCAUGAAAAAUAUACGAUGGAGGAAGCGCCUGGAAUGAGAGAGGAGAAGAUGAAGAAGAAGAAGCAGAAGAAGAGAAGGAGGAGGAGAAUCAAGAGGGAGUACGUGGAGCCAGUUUGUGCUCCAUCCCGUUGAAGAGAGGAAAGAAUCUGUGUGCGCGAGGCUGCGGUGGUAGGGGUAAAAAGGGUAUCGGAGGAGGGAGAGGAUGGACGCUGAAGAGUAGGGGCAGGACUGGCCGGACGAUGCAAGAAGCGAAGGAAGAGAAGGCAAAAAGAGGAAAAAAGGUGGGAUCCCUUAAAAAUUGAGACCCACGGAGGGGAGGGGGUGGGGAUUGGAAUUUCGGGCCCCGUACAGCGGCCAGUCUCGAGGAGGCCUUCGCGAAGAUGAGGCGAGGAGAAAAGAGGAGAUAGAAGAGUACACGAGAGUGCAGGAGGGUACGAGACGGGGAUCGAGAGGAGGAAGUGAAGAAGCGGAGAAACGAAAGGAGGCGGCAAGAGAGAGAGAGAAGAGAAAGAUAAGGUGGAAGAGAAAUAGAAAGAAGAGAGGAAGAAGAGGAAAAAGCGGAGGUGAAGGAGGAGCAGGAACAGGAGGAAGAAAGGCAUCGCGUAGCCAGAGAGUGCGCACAGUUCAUCGUGUACUCGGCAUGGACCGUCAGUACACCCUCUGCGUACUCGUACCGGCACAUCAGUACCGUAAUUACGUCAACAAUUACCAUCAACAACAACAGCAGCAGCACCACCACCAACAACAACAGCAGCAACACGCGCAGGAACAGCAGCACAGAAAUUUUCAGCCUCCAACGUAUCUUCAGUAUCAACAGCAACGCUUAAUUCAGCAGCGGCAACAACAGCAACAACAGCAAGAGCAAAUCUACGAAAACGUUGUGUCGCAAUAUCGCAUGAGGAUGUGUUAUCAUAACGAUUAUGAGAACGACGAGCAAAUACAGCGGUUCUAUUGGGAGCAGUGUUAUAAGCGCAACGAUACCGAUGCUACAGCGUAUUACUACUGUGAAUAUGUAAGGACUCUCAUUUGGAUUACUCGUUUGAGAAAUGUUUCUCAAGUACUCGUCGGUUCCACUAGUUAUUGCGCGUCGCUUCUUUCCAAAGAUGGAAAUAGUGUAUUUUUAGUGGUUUUGUUUGCAAGUAAAAUUCUCGUUCUCGUUUUUAUUUAGGAGGUGCUUCGCAAAAUUUUUCAUCGAGAUAUUAGAGUUGCAAAUAUUUCUUUACGACAAAACAUGAUUAUGUGUCAACGAAUUGUGAGAUUGAUAUAUUGUGAUUCUUUGCAUAAGAAACCGUGUAGUUUUCUCAAAUAUUGAGAAUACAGUGAUGUCACAUAUGUGAGAUAAACGUAAAAUCGCAGGAUAGGAAUUUAAUUAUACUUUCUAUAUAAAACGUUUUAAACGCAAGACGUAUCGACACGUGACAUUAGAAGUUAUAUUUAUAUGAUUGAGAUUAGUUUUUUAAAUUUUAACUAUGAAAAUAUAAAAUUACAAUUCUUCUUUUUUCAACGAUUACCUAAAAAAAGUCUCUUUUAUAUUAAAGAAAAAGAUAUUUGCCUUCUUGAUUUUAUUUUCUCGAAGAACUUUGUUUGUAAUCCUUCUAAUUUAUAUUUCUUCGCAUAUAAUCUUUAAUCUUUACACAUAUAAGUUAACAUCUGACAUUCUAGCGCGCGCAAUUUGCACGUGAUCGCUAAAUAAAUAAUUGAAAACCGGACAGCUCAGCAACGCUGCUAUUUAUAGAAGCACAAGCACCUAAAUACUUAAAACUUAAGUAACUACCGUUUAAAAGUUACAUAAUUACAACAAAUUAAAUUCUUUUAGCGUUUAUAAUUUUCUUAACACAGCAAAUUAAUUUGUCUUGCUCUUUACGAGAAAAGAAGUUUGGCCGAUACGUUAUCGAUACGUAGAGAACCAGUGUUACAUCAUGUUAUAUGAUAUUGAUAUAAAUAUAAAAAUGAAUAUAAAUAUAAAAAAAGUUUUGAUAAUUGUUCUAAAAAGAUGCAAUCAAUUCUGU